UUUGAUGCAUUGAAUCAUUGAAUUAUUAUUUUGUUGUUUUGAAAACUUAUUAUUGUUUUCAUUGAUAUUUGAUUUUUUCAAUCAAAUUAUAAGUAUUUGUUUGUUUUCGGUAAUCUUUUGUUUUUGUUGGCCAACUUUCGGGUCACAGAAAUAUCAAUAACACAGUACUCUAAUAUAAUACAUUCCCCCGGAAGACAUGUGCGGCCGAACGUAUUGUUCGCUAAAUAGAGAGGCCAUGACUCGGGCGGCCGCUUACCGAACAACCGGUUUGGACGGUACUCACGGCCCGUAUCAACAGUGCCAGUGGUUGGACGGCAAUAAACAGUCCACAGUAUACAGCACUGGAUACGCACCUCAUUAUAAUAUUACGCGCGACAAUUGGCUACCGGUUUUGGUCAACAGACGAUCGGUGGACAAGCAGUGCGAAGACAGUGAUGAACGAGUUUUGGUGGACAUGCGCUGGGGUUAUGUUCCCGCCUGGCGCGGACCCGAUGGUCAAAAUAGUGGUGGCAAUCUUAAUCCGAUUAAUUGUCGCAUCGAGUCGUUGACCGAAAAGCCGAUGUUUCGGCCGGCUUUGAAUAACAAACGCCGAUGUGUGGUAUUAGUCGACGGAUUUUUCGAGUGGAAGAACAACGGCAAAGACGGAUCAAAACAGCYGUACUUUUUGUAUUUGACGCAAAAAAAUGUCGACUUCAAGASCGAGAACACCGAUUGGAUUAAACAACAAGAGAAUCGGAAAUACAAAGAGGAAGACAAUGAAUGGAAAGGUCAGAGAUUGUUGCCGUUGGCCGCGAUAUACAAUCGUAGUACUGAAAGCUUGUUUACUGUGGCCAUCAUAACGGUUCCAAUACAUCCGCGACUCGAAUGGCUUCACACACGAAUGCCGGCCGUAUUGAAUACUGACGAAUCUGUUCGCGAUUGGCUGGACAUCGAUAAUGUAAACAACGAAAAGGCAAUUAAACUGUUGGUUCCGUUCGGCGGACUCGAGUAUCACCCGGUUUCCAGUCAGGUGUCGAACACUCGAAACAAUUCUGCCGACAAUAUUCUACCGAACAAAGUGGUGAACAAACAGAGGACAAUCGAUACUUGGUUUAAAUCACCGAAAGUUGCUAUGAAAAAGAAGGAACAGAUCGAUGACAGUGAUGGCCAACAGAUUGAAAGUAAACGAUUUAAAGAGUGAUUCAGUGAUAGAAAUUGAAGAUUGCAUUUACCACUACUUAAUCAUC